CCGCGGGGCGGCCGCUGUGGCGGAACCGGCUCCUCCCCGGCGCGGGCGGCGCCAUCUUACCCCCCCUCCCUCAGCGGCCGUGGCGGCGGUGGCGGGCGGGGGGAACAGCGCGAAGCYGCCGCUGCUUUUUCGUCCCCCUCGUUUCUCGCCUCGGUCCAGGCAGCGCGUGGAGGGGAAGGACCGAGGUUCAGUGCUUGCCCCUCGCUUCCCCCUCUCGGCUGUCCGCACACGGGGUGGGGGGACCGGGCACCACAAGCUGCUCCCACUCUCCUUCCAUCCUUCCUCCCCUGCACAUCUCAACCUCCUCCUCAUUCAUCCAUCCAUCCAUCCAUCCCCGGGAUGAGCAGCACUGUGGCCAGCCCUAUGUCCUCGGUUGUCUCUUCAAGCAGUGGAAGAAAAUCAACAAGCUUUACACCUGAACUGCAGAGUAUGAUGUUUUCCCUGGGAGAUGCUCGCAGGCCACUCCAUGAAACKGCAAUUCUGGUGGAAGACAUCGUCCACACUCAGCUGAUAAAUUUGUUGCAGCAAGCAGCUGAAGUUUCUCAGAUGAGAGGAGCUCGAGUCAUCUCCGCUGAAGAUCUCCUGUUCUUAAUGCGCAAAGACAAGAAGAAGCUUAGAAGACUACUUAAAUACAUGUUUUUUCGAGACUACAAAUCUAAAAUUGUCAAAGGAAUAGAAGAAGACGACCUUCUUGAAGACAAAUUCAACAGCAAUAACACCAACAAGCGGCAGAAGCUGGCCCAAGACUUCCUCAACUCCAUUGACCAGACUGGAGAGCUCUUGGCCAUGUUUGAAGAUGAUGAGAUUGAUGAYGUCAAGCAGGAGMGGAUGGAGAGAGCAGAAAGACAAACACGAACCAUGGACUCGGUCCAGUAUGCAGAAUUCUGUGAAAGUCGGCAAUUGAGUUUUUCAAAGAAAGCAUCCAAGUUCCGUGACUGGUUGGACUGUAGCAGCAUGGAAAUAAAGCCAAAUGCAGUUGCAAUGGAGAUUUUGGCAUAUUUAGCAUAUGAGACUGUGGCCCAGUUAGUGGACUUGGCCCUUCUGGUUAAACAGGACAUGGCUCCCAAAGCUGGUGACCCGUUCAGUCAUGCUAUAUCUGCCACCUUCAUACAGUACCACAACUCUACUGAGCCACAUCUCCUAGGGCAGUCAGCAAGUGUGAAGACCAGUCUUGACUCCCCUGAGAACACACCACCCCCUACACCCACCCCRCCAGCAUCAGCAGGACAGCAACACCUUGGGAAAACCCCCUCAGCAGCCUUGGGAAAUGGUGGAAUUGGACAGGACUCCACCAAAUCCAAGCAAAGAAAAAGAAAAAAGAGCACUGCAGCCUGUGGGAUGGAGGCUCAAAGUGAUGCCAUCCAGCCCAGCCACAUCAGAGAGGCCAUUCGACGCUACGGCCACAAGAUUGGCCCCCUUUCCCCAUUCACAAGUGCCUACCGCAGGAACGGGAUGACUUUUCUCGCCUGCUGAUGUGGAUGUGGCUGCAGCAACAGGAAAGACAGUGUUAUAUUAAGGUGAUUUUCUUUUCCCCUCCAUGGAAGGAAAAAAAAUACAARCUCCAAUGUCUCCAUGUACCAGUGAGUGGGCUGGUUUGUUGUGACUAUCUGCUGGCUGUCUCUGUCUCUUUUUCCAGCCCCCUCAAUCGUUAUUCUUGUUUACUAGCUGGAACAUUUAGCUAAUUAAUGGCAGGAUGUUUGGGAUAGGGUGUAGGUGGACAGGAAUGCAGUUCAGACAAUGCUGGAGUUUGCAGGGGACUAGCUGCUGUCAGCCUCUGACUGCCAUGUCAUUUUUAUUUAAGUGUCUGGAAGUCUGUAUGUUCUCCAAAAGAUGUUUUUUUGUAAAGCAGGAUGGGGCAGGAAGAGGCCAGACAGAGACAGACUGGGUUGUGUUGGUUUAUUGGGUUAUAUAAAGGUUAUGUACUUUUCUUUGAGAGUUUUACAAAAAUAAAAGCUAUUUCCCUCUAUUUUGUACUAAUUUCCACUUGAUUCUCUCAAUUAAUAUAAGUGUUCACYCAGUAUAACCCAGUUUAAUCCAGUGAGGGGAUUUUGAUGACAACAAUACCAAGUUUGGACCCAAAGAUAUUCAGAAAAAGUUCAGGUAAACUGAACUUUACCAGUGGACAACCAGUUAGACACCUGAAUUUUUGGGGACUAAGUGCUCACCCCCAAACUCUCAGUGUUGGCUUAAGCCAUCAUUGUCCAAAUUCAAGAAAAGCCYUUGCAGUGACUUGGCACUGGAUUGGACCCCUAUUUGGAAAAAUCCAUUCUGAAGUAUUUCAAUAACUGUGUCUGUCUCAGUGGUUCUAGGCAAGGGCUUAACAUUGUGUACUUGCUCAACGUUUGCUGCAGGAAGCAGAUGUUGUCCCUGGUGUUGACAAAGGCAGCACAACUGUUGGAUUUGGUUAAAGAAGAAACCAGCUCUCUUUGCCUUUUUUUUAUAUAUAUUUUAGCUAAUGUUGUUUGUUUUCAAGUUUUGUUUUUUUUUUAAAUCUCAGUCCCUGCCUCUAUGCUUGUUCCCAUCUCCUGCUCCUCCAGCCUUUGCYGGCCUCACAAACACAUUCAUUUCUUCCCAUAAAAACUGUACAAAUAUAGAGCUAACCACGAUGAUGCUUGAGCAGAGAAAAGGGCUCCUGCUUCAGCCCAUCACCAGGAUCUGCUGGCACAUCCUGCUGGUGUCCCUGUGGUACYCACAGGUCAGGGGUCUUCUUCAGCUACUCUGAGCUCAGGCUUGGAAUCCAAUUUAAGCCUCAAAUCAAUACAGAACACUCAAGGGAUGGAGAGGAGAACAGCAAAAUGUUGUUUUUAUAUAGUGCAGCCGUCCUCCUCCUUUGUGCWCAGUAUGUGAGGUCUUAAUUUUCACUCCUGCUCCGUGCUCUUGUGGUCGUUUGUAGGUGGUUUUGUUGUCCUGCUCUCCUGGACCUGUUUGCAAAAACUUUAAAUAUAUGUAUAUUUUUAAAAUAAACUGAAAAAUGUCACUUUGCAACUGAAAUAUUGUAAAAGUGAACUUUGUACGUCCAAUAUCGCUGCCAUUUGUAAAUUGCUUUUCUCUUUUAUCUGCUUAUGCCUCUGUUUUCUGGAAAUUUUCUGUGUGCAAAGGACUAAAAGUAAUGUGUACAAUGUAUUAAACGAUGGAAGGGGGGAGUUUUCUGAUGUUCCAUCUGUGCUUCUUGAAAUAUAUGAUUAAAUUUUUCUUUUUAUCAUCACUCUU